AUGACCACUCACAGAUCAAAUAAGGUGGAAGCAGUGCGUUUAGUUGGAAUUCUCUUGGUUAUAUUUAAGCGUUCUGAUAGUCCAUUUCGGAUUCCUCCUGACAGCAUUCAUUCAGCUCGAAUAGCUACGGGAAUCCAGUUAAUUAGUCGUAUGGGUAAUAAGGGAGGAAUCGCGGUCAGUUUGAAAUUGAAUGAUUCAUUUCUGUGUUUUGUGAAUGCACAUUUUGCCGCAGGCUCUGAUGAAUUAGAUAAGCGUAAUCAAGAUUACAGAGAGAUUUCUCAAAUUCGUUUCAAUGGAAUCAAUAAAUCGUUGUUCGAUCAUGAUAUUAUAUUUUGGUUUGGUGAUCUGAAUUAUCGUCUAAAUACGGAGAAUAUUCUAAGUAAUGAAGAUAUUCGAGAACUAUGUUCAAAAGGAAAAAAUUACAAGAGUUUAAUGAUUUUUGAUACGUUGAAGCAGCAGCAAAAACUGGGCCUAGUAUUUACGGAAUUUAAUGAGCCAGACCAACUAAAUUUUCGGCCGUCUUACAAAUAUGAUCCUGGAACUUCGAAUUGGGAUAGCAGUGAUAAAAUGCGAUGUCCAGCUUGGUGUGAUCGUAUUUUGUGGUGGUGUGAAUCAGGAGAUCAAGUGGUACAAAUUUUUUAUGAUAGUGUUAAUGAAAUUACUUUAUCAGAUCACAAACCAGUAAGAGCUCUUUUUAACGUCACAGUGCGAGAAAUUGAUAAAUCAAAAAUCAAGGCUAUUUAUGAAGAUGCUAUACGUGAAGCAGACAAGCGUUUAAAUGAGGCACUGCCUCAGAUUUGGAUUUCGGACCAAGAAGUGAAUUUUGGUGAUGUUUAUUUCUUCGAGAGUUCUGUGCGGAAUAUCACGAUUAGAAAUGUCGGUAAAACGAAAGUGGCAUUUUCAUUCAUACCGCAACCCAAUCAGUCCAACAUUAGCGCUUCUUGGUUAUCUGUAACACCACCUAAUUCUCUUCUCAAGCUUGGAGCUGCAUGUUCUCUCAGUCUUCAGGUGUUAGUGGAUAAAAGGGUAGCAUGGACAGUGCAAGAAAAAGAAAAUGAUCAAUUAUCGGAUAUACUUGUUCUGCGUUUGGAUCACGGUAGAGAUUAUUUCAUUCCUGUGACUGCAGUAUAUCAGAAGAGUGUGUUCGGUUCUUCAUUUUCUGAUAUUGUUCAUAGUGGUAUUCAUUUCUCACAGCUUGUUAAUGUGGAUUCUGAGCGAUCUAUCAUUUCCUCAUCUCCAACAACAUCCAUAUAUUCAGCUAUGUAUAGACUUAUUGAACAACUUCGCAAAUUUGGUCUAAAUAAUAUUCAUUUUGACGAUAUUUCAAAGCAUUCGGAAUUCAUUGCCUUGCGAAAGGCACUUGAUACGGGAAUUCCUUCAGAUCUCAGUAGCGUUUGUAAAUCACCUUUCAAUAUGUUCAACACAUUUUUAAGAUUGCUUGAUUCAUUUAAAGAUCCGAUGAUACCGUUUUCGAUGCAGGUUGAUUGUCUUCGCGUACGCGGUAAUGGUCCACGGUGUUGGGCUUGCGUUGAGAAGUUUCCGAUAGAAAAUCGCAGUAUUCUUGAAUGUUAUAUAGAUUUUACCCGUGAUCUUAUUACUGCAAACGCUGAUGCUUUAUCACAACUGCAAGUUAUGGCUGACAUUGCAUUCAAAAGCGACCAAGGUGAACGUACUGAAGAUUUGCAGAGGUUGAAAUUUUUUGAGACUUUAAUUGGUUUUCCGAAGGAAAUUGUUUCAGAAGGGAUAGAGAAUUUAAAAUUGUUGGAGAAUGAUCGUACAGAUGGCGACCUCAUUCGGGAACUUAUAGAGGAUGUUAUGGCACUGCAUUGGUUAACUUGGGAGAGAGGAGAUAAAAGAUUACAGAUCAAUCUUAGGCGUCACUGGGAAGCUUGA